GUGGAGCCCCAGCAGAUGUCAGUCGUCGAGUUGUUUCCGGAAUAUCCUCAUUGUCGUGUUUUUGCAAAAUUUGUUGCAAAAAGUUGGGAAAUACGGUGAGUGUCAGGGGAAAAGUGAGGGCUUUGAUAUGGCUGUUUCGCAGUUGAGGGUGAUGAUGGCGAGAGGGGGAUUCACCAGUUGUUUACAGAGAAUUGCUACGAAACCCGCGAGACACUCAUUCAAAACGAAAACCGAGGUAUCCCCUGAGGACCCGGACGACGAAUUAAACAAACCCAUCGUGUACUCGGAAUCCCCAGCAGCAACCUGGGCAGCUAGACACAGUUUCAGUGGAACUAACGACGACAACACCCCCUGGUUUCAACCCCCCAUCGUCUGGCUCAGUUUCGCCACCUUCCUCGUAUAUUUUUUAUGCCUGCGAGAAGCCAACGACAUUGAUGCCAUCUUCGACCGGGAACUCGGGGAUUAUUUCCCCGAUGCUGCUAAUUACGAGGAGUUCCAGAGGAAGGUUGCACAGAAUACAGCUGUGCCUCCUGGGAGAAGAUAAUUCACUUGAUUCGUAAUUUGUCAUUCAGAUUGGCAAUGACGAAUUACUUGAUAGGAAUGUAAAUAAGAGAAAUUUGUGGGUUUAAAUGAUAAUUAGUACCAGAGGUAUAAAAUAAACAGGUGUUGACCUGAUGAUAAUAGAGAAGAAUGGGUUUAUUCAUUCGAGUUGGAUUUGAUAUUUUGUUUUUUUUUCAUUACAAAUCAAUUUAAUUGAUUGGGUCAAUCGAUUCAUUCAAUCAAUUGUUUCUAUUGAUUAAAUUGAUUGGCACUGGGGGAUUUUUUCGCUGGUGCUAAUAACGAGGAUUUGCGAAGAAGAUUCACUUGAUUCGUAAUUUAUCAUUCAUAUUAGGAAUGACAAAAUACUUAAUACGGAUGUAAAUGAGAGAAAUUUGGGGGUUUAAAUUAUAAUUAGUACGAGAGGUAUAAAAUAAAUAGGUAUUGAUGUGAUGAUAAUAGAGAAGAAUGGGUUUAUUCAUUCGAGUUGGAUUUGAUCUUUUGGCUUUUUUCAUCACAAAUCAAUUUAAUUGAUUGGGUCAAUCGAUUCAUUCAAUCAAUUGUUUCUAUUGAUUGAAUUAAUUGGCACUGGGGGAUUAUUUCGCUGGUGCUAAUAACGAGGAUUUGCGAAGAAGAUUCACUUGAUUCGUAAUUUAUCAUUCAUAUUAGGAAUGACAAAAUACUUAAUACGGAUGUAAAUGAGAGAAAUUUGGGGGUUUAAAUUAUAAUUAGUACGAGAGGUAUAAAAUAAAUAGGUAUUGAUGUGAUGAUAAUAGAGAAGAAUGGGUUUAUUCAUUCGAGUUGGAUUUGAUCUUUUGGCUUUUUUCAUCACAAAUCAAUUUAAUUGAUUGGGUCAAUCGAUUCAUUCAAUCAAUUGUUUCUAUUGAUUGAAUUAAUUGGCACUGGGGGAUUAUUUCGCUGGUGCUAAUAACGAGGAUUUGCGAAGAAGAUUCACUUGAUUCGUAAUUUAUCAUUCAUAUUAGGAAUGACAAAAUACUUAAUACGGAUGUAAAUGAGAGAAAUUGGGGGGUUCAGAUUAUAAUUGAUACGAGAGGUAUAAAAUAAAUAGGUGUUGAUGUGAUGAUAAUAGAGAAGAAUGGGUUUAUUCAUUCGAGUUGGAUUUGAUCUUUUGGUUUUUUUCAUCACAAAUCAAUUUAAUUGAUUGGGUCAAUCGAUUCAUUCAAUCAAUUGUUUCUAUUGAUUGAAUUAAUUGGCACUGGGGGAUUAUUUCGCUGGUGCUAAUAACGAGGAUUUGCGAAGAAGAUUCACUUGAUUCGUAAUUUAUCAUUCAUAUUAGGAAUGACAAAAUACUUAAUACGGAUGUAAAUGAGAGAAAUUGGGGGGUUCAGAUUAUAAUUGAUACGAGAGGUAUAAAAUAAAUAGGUGUUGAUGUGAUGAUAAUAGAGAAGAAUGGGUUUAUUCAUUCGAGUUGGAUUUGAUCUUUUGGUUUUUUUCAUCACAAAUCAAUUUAAUUGAUUGGGUCAAUCGAUUCAUUCAAUCAAUUGUUUCUAUUGAUUGAAUUAAUUGGCACUGGGGGAUUAUUUCGCUGGUGCUAAUAACGAGGAUUUGCGAAGAAGAUUCACUUGAUUCGUAAUUUAUCAUUCAUAUUAGGAAUGACAAAAUACUUAAUACGGAUGUAAAUGAGAGAAAUUGGGGGGUUCAGAUUAUAAUUGAUACGAGAGGUAUAAAAUAAAUAGGUGUUGAUGUGAUGAUAAUAGAGAAGAAUGGGUUUAUUCAUUCGAGUUGGAUUUGAUCUUUUGGUUUUUUUCAUCACAAAUCAAUUUAAUUGAUUGGGUCAAUCGAUUCAUUCAAUCAAUUGUUUCUAUUGAUUGAAUUAAUUGGCACUGGGGGAUUAUUUCGCUGGUGCUAAUAACGAGGAUUUGCGAAGAAGAUUCACUUGAUUCGUAAUUUAUCAUUCAUAUUAGGAAUGACAAAAUACUUAAUACGGAUGUAAAUGAGAGAAAUUGGGGGGUUCAGAUUAUAAUUGAUACGAGAGGUAUAAAAUAAAUAGGUGUUGAUGUGAUGAUAA